AUGAAGGCUGCAGCGAUGUCUGUGUGGAUUUUUAUUAACCUCUUGUGUUUUGGGAUGUGUGGUUACUUAUAUUUAAUAUGGUCUCAAUAUUGGAUGAGUAUUGAAAGACAGAAAUUGUUUAGUGAUUCGCAAUUUGGUGCUGCGCGGAAAAGUUCAAGAUUACACUUUCAAGAUGCCUAUCCAGAAAAGUUAGAAUCAUUUAGGAUAAACAAGUCAUCUUUCUAUGAUUCCAUUCUGAAAUCGCGAAGAUCGGUUAUGCUCAAGGCUGGCCAUAUUUCACAGUCUUCCAAUACAAAACUGUCUUCAGAUCGACCGUCCGUUAAUAUAAUUGUAAAAAGUCAUGGAAAGCCUCGUUUUCCUAACUUACAUAAGGCUAUAUUAGAGUUCGAUACGGAUAAGUACGAGUGCGCAGAUUUUACAACAACAGAAUGUGAGGACCAGUCAAGGGAAUUUAGAGAGCUUGUGUUAAAAGAAUUCCACCGAGUUUUAAUGGGUGAUAGCAAAGUUUUUACAUCGGGUUUAGAAAAUCAAAAUACCUACGAUGUGAAAUACGAGAGAGAUGGUCCGUUACGAAAUAGUCGCAAGGAUAUUUUGUGCGCAUUAAAAAAUGUUGCAGUAAAAACGGUGACGGCAAAUGAUGAACCAUUUUUAGAUUUAGGUUAUUCAAUUCCAAAAUCUCCGUUGCAAGGAAAUCGGCUAUAUAACACGUGUGCGGUUGUGACAAGUGCUGGAGCAUUACUGGGAUCUCGAUUCGGAAAAUUUAUUGAUUCUCAUGAAAUGGUGCUUAGAUUCAAUAACGCUCCAACCGAAAACUAUACUGAUGAUGUGGGCUCAAAGACGACCUUUCGAAUCCUCAAUUCUCAGGUUGUCUCAAAGCCACAAUAUAAGUUCCUCGAAGACCCUUUAUAUAGAAAUGUAUCGAUAUUAAUAUGGGAUCCCGCUAAUUACUCAUCAACCCUUGAAGACUGGUAUAAUCACCCUGACUUUCCUCUGUUUCCUGUUUACAAAAAGUUACUCGACAUUCUACCAGAUUCUGAUGUUCAUUUGUUAAAUCCAACGGUGCUGUGGCGUCUAUGGAAUUUAUUACAACAUCUGUCGCCUUAUAGAUUAAGGAAGAAUCCUCCCUCUUCAGGUUUCAUAGGUAUCUGGUUCGCCCUACAUCGAUGUCACCGCGUACGCGUCUUCGAGUACGUGCCAUCGGUACGUGCGACUAAACGAUGCCACUAUUACUUGACAGGUGACGACCCUGGAUGUACACUUGGUGCGUGGCAUCCCCUAGCCCAAGAAAAGGCUUUGGCGGAUAGGAUCCGUGAUAAUUCGGAUGUGGACGUCUUCCAAAGAGGCUUCAUUGAUAUACUGGGUGUUAGGAAGAUGACUUGUGAUGUUUAG